CUUCUCGCUGGAAUCGAUGGUGAACGGCCCAAAGCCUGGAUUCGGAAGUGUUCCACCCUCUGCCGCUCCAAGCAGAGCGACAAUCAGCGCAGCGACGCAAGCUCGCAGAUCAGACCCAUGAACAAUGACACUGGAGUCGGAUCACGAGCUUCCGGCCGGCUACCAGUGGAAAGACGAAUACGUCCAAUGCAUACAGUACAUUGCCGCCAACGAUCCGGAUGACGACUACUAUCGACCCACCUCAGCCCUGAAAGCCGAUGAUGGUGCUGCAAGAGAAGCAGAAGCAGAGGCGGUGGCGGGACCGAGCCGUCUGUGUCCAGCAGGAGAGCCGCGUAUUACUUGGCCGGAACUCAAGAAUGCGCUCAAGUAUCAAUUGAGAUGCAUCAUCUUCGACGAGCAGUCCCCUUUCUCAUUGCACAACACAACGAGCUCUCUAUACCCACCGAACUUGUACGGAUGGCAGGGCAACCCGGAAGAGCUCGGUGGGUUGUCUGUAGAGGAAGGCACCAAAGCGAAGGGCAAAGGCUUCCCCAGAAAGCCUCUACCUACCCUCCACCCUGCAGCAUACAGGCUACCCUUCAACAAAGUCUUCUUCCCUCCGUAUCCGAGACAUUCGACGCUGCCCGCAGAGGAAGAAGAGCCGGCACCGCCCCAGCCGGAGCGAGCGGCGUUGCAAGAAGAGAAUGCACUCAGUCUCGACCCGGCUACAGCCUCGUUCCGCCUCAACAGUCGUUUCACUACUGCGCUGCACAGCGACGCCAGCGAGUUGGCUGCCGCUGCGAACGCGAAUGCAAAUGCGGACACUUCCGCUGCGAGGUCCAUGCCUGGCGAUGCGUCAGCAUCCACACCAGAGACGGAAGCGACGGAUGUCUCGUGGCGCUCGACAAACGCGUCCGGCACAAAGGACGGUACGUUCCAAGUGAAGCCGGCAGACGAGUCGUCCUUCUUCCCGUCCAAAGCGCCGCCGCCCGGAGAUGCCUUUGGUAGCUGGGGCAAGUCGUACGCGAGCGAAGAUGAGAUCAAGCGAGAGUAUAGGCUGCUGUGCAACAUGUUGGACGAGUUUGACGAGGUCGCGCCGCCUGGCCCCGAGCUGCCUGCACAGCAUCGCACUGGGAACGGGAGGGGCGCCGGAGCCUCCACAUUAGGAUCUGCCGCUGCGAAUGGGACCAAUCGCGCUUCAGCCUCAGCGGCGGCGUGGCCUUCGCCGCCUUUCACGGUCCAGAGGCUGUGUGAACUCAUAUUGGAGCCGCACAGACACUACACCGCCCUGCCCAAAUACAUCGCGGCCGUCAAGCGCACGCUCUCUGUGACCGCUGGGCGCAGGGACUUCCCGGCCGCGCCGCUGGACACAGCAGAGGACGAGGACAUGCUCAACAUCGAGGAUGACGCGGGUGCGGAUGCGGACACAUCAACGCUUGCUCCUGCAGUGUCCGACCAAGGACAUACAGUCACUGACCCCGCAUCAGUAGACGGCACUGCACCGGACGCAGGUACCGACACUGUCAUGCUCAAUGGCGCAGCAGCAGCCUUUCCGAGCGCUUCCUUGGCGGCGGCGUCCGCGACCGUUUCACCCUUCUCUUCUUUUACGGCGGACACACCGCGAGCACGGCGAGCCUCUUCGCACGCGCGCUCACGAAGCGGCACGCCCGCAUCGCCCUCAUUGCGCCCGCACGAGCCGUUGUGGAGUCCGAUCCCGUUCCUCUUGCGCCAAGAGGCAGAGGACAGAGAGAGAGAGAGGCUCAUUAGCGAGGAUCCUUCAGAGUGCGGCGACGAGGCAGCUGCUGGCACCAAACAUGGCUCUGCAGCCGCAGCUGGGCAACCGCAAGGCGAGAGCGAAACAAAAGCGGAUAAUGGCGGCGGCGGCGCGCUGCCAGCCAGUGACAGCGUGGAGAGCAUGGACCUGGACACUUCAAUCGCAGAUGUAACGCAAGAACAUUCCGCUACAGCUCUACCUUCAGAUGCGGACAACAGCGGGCGGGAACUCGCCGCACCUGCUGCUGCGCACACAGAGCGAUCGAAGUUAGGGUCUGCCGCCAUAACAUCCGCCGCCGCCGUGCAGCCGCAGGAUCCCUCCAGCACAGUGGCACCCGCCUCGGCACUGUCAACAACAUUAGCACAUCUGCUCUCGCCCACCUCGACGCUCGCUGACCCGAUAGCAGGCUCGCAGCAGCCGCUUGGUGUGCCAGACGGGCGCGUGGACGAGCUGGACGAUGCGCUCUGGCGCGGGAAGAGCAAGACCGGUCUCCCUCGUUUGGAUGCGGAGAUGCAGCCGAUCAGCGUGACGACCACUGGCACUGCGCUUGCGGGCGGCCCGCCAGCCAGAGGCGGUACAGGGGUGGAAGAUGCCGGGCGCCAGGUGCAGGGGGAAGGGAAUGCGGAGAGCGAAAGUAGGCAACUGAAGCGGCUCAAGAGUGAAGACAGCGUCAAGCUAGCUACAGCUGCUGACGCACAGGCUGCUGCGCCAAGUGCAGCAAACCCUGAGGCAAAGUCAGGUGCGCAGGUAAAGGCAGAGGGGCAUGCUUGACCUGGCUCAUGUAUCAGAAGCAUUUAGCAAAUCUUGCUUUGGCA